AUGGAUAUCACGCCAUUAUUUAAGGCUUGUAUAAAAACUGUUAAGACACGCAAUAAAGCUUUUGGCAUCCAAAGUCCUUUGAGUGAUGAAAAACAACGUUUACUUCGAACGAAACCGAAAACUGGAUUCACAGUAACUGCUAAGGAUAUAACAUGCCAAAUAACACGAUUGAGGGAUUUUUUGUUAGAGCACAGAGAAAGGUAUUUAAGUUUUUUUAACAAUGAAACUGGCGAUGAAAUGACUGAAGCGGAGAGGGACCAAAUCGACACGGGAGCUCAAAGGAUCAUUAACACAUGUUCACACCUUCUAAAAGAGUUUAGAAAUGACAAUAGGAAACUUUCGGUCUCUCAUCAGAUGCGUGAGUAUAUGGAUGCUGUAAUUGAUUUAAUUGAUGCAUAUUUGAAGGCUGUAUGCAAGAUCCACAGUGAACUUAAAGCUUUAAGAGUGAAAAGAGCUAUCGAUAUACGUAAGUUAUCGCGGCUAGAACUUCCACAAGCUAAAUCUUCAAUAUUGAAUCCAUUCAUCAAUGAGAAGUCUGUGGAGAGUAAAGAGGAUAAGGAAAGUAAUAGUAUAGAAAUGGAAGAAACUGAUUUGAUAAAAACUAAAGUGGAUUUAUCGGAAAAUGAAAUUGCUAUAAUGUCUGAUGAAGGAGAAUUAAGUACUGAAGAACUUCAAAUGUUUGAAUCCGAGAAUGUGCACCUCUUGAAUGAACUGAAUAGCAUGACAGAAGAAGUUAGGCAAAUUGAAAGCAAAGUGCUACAUAUUGCAGAGCUACAAGAAAUAUUUACUGAUAAGGUCCUACAACAAGAACAAGACAUAGACCGUAUAUCCAAUACUGUUGUUGGCGCAACAGAAAAUGUAAAAGAUGCUAAUGAACAAAUAAAACAGGCAAUCCAAAGAAAUGCUGGCCUUCGUGUUUACAUUCUUUUCUUCUUGCUAGUCAUGUCAUUUACUCUUCUAUUCCUAGAUUGGUAUAAUGAAUAA